GGCUGAAUGGCAUGUCGGCCAAGGAUGAGGGGAGGGGCGCGGUGAGUGAAUGGGAACGAAGUGUCAGAGACAGAGGAGAAGCAGAGGUGAGCGGCUGGUCCAGCGGAUCCAUCCUUCCAGGGGCGUCCACAUCAUCGCAGGGAGGACGUUAUUUGCAGCAGCAUCUGCACCACUACACAGGUGCCAUCUUUUCAGGAUCUUCUCUGAAGUUUUCCAACCCUAGCUUGCUUCAUUGUGAAAUGCCCCAGCAUCUAUCCCCAGAAAGUUCCUUCCAUUCCAAGAAAGAACUGCUCUGUUUUUCCGAAACUACACGGACCAUCAGCGACUAUGACUUGGGCACCCCUGAUAGCCUUGACCAGGUUGAUGCAUUGCUGUCAAAGACACCCCCAGACUCUUAUAUUGACCUGCUAUACAAGGAGCAGACUACCAAGAAAGUAUUGUAUGAUGAUGACUCCUGUGAGAUUAAAUUUAUCCCAUCGGAAAAUGAAAACCUGUGCGGCUGGGGAGCCAUCAAACCAUCCUUUUUACAGGUCUUUAACACAUCCAAAGGAGUGCUUUUCUUCUUGUGCGCGGCCUCUUUUCUCCAAGGCAUGGUGGUCAACGGCUUCAUUAAUACCGUCAUCACCUCCAUAGAGCGGAGAUUUGACCUGCACAGCUACCAGACAGGACUGAUUGCAAGCUCCUAUGAUAUAGCAGCCUGCCUGUGUUUGACAUUUGCCAGCUACUUUGGGGGGAACGGUCAUAAACCUCGUUGGUUGGGCUGGGGAGUAUUUAUUAUGGGAGUUGGUUCCUUGGUGUUUGCACUACCCCAUUUCACCACUAGUAUGUACAUUGUGAACCUUUCGGAGCAUACUGGAGUAUGUUACUCCAAUGACUCUUACCAAGUCGUAGAAAGUGCCUCAAAUCUGUCCAUCUACAGGUAUGUCUUCAUGAUGGGACAGUUUCUUCACGGGAUUGGUGCCACACCACUUUACACCCUGGGGGUCACUUACUUAGAUGAGAAUGUUAAAUCAAGCUCCUCCCCUCUAUAUAUUGGUAUAUUUUACACGGCAGCCAUAGUUGGACCAGCAGUGGGUUACCUGUUGGGAGGAUUUUUCCUGAAUAUGUACACAGAAUUCAACAGUCCCACUGAUCUGACUGCCGAGAAUCCUCUAUGGGUUGGGGCAUGGUGGAUCGGUUUCCUGGGUGCUGGAGCAGCCGCGUUCCUCAUCUCUCUCCCAAUACUGGGAUAUCCACAGCAGCUGCCAGGUGCUCAGCGUUAUGUGGUCAUGAGAGUGUCCGAGGCUCAUCAGGUGAAAAAUGAGAGUCACAAACCAGAUCCGGAUUUUGGGAAGACAAUUAAAGAUUUGCCAAAGUCAAUUCUGCUGCUUCUGAAAAACCCUACGUUUAUUUUCCUGUGCUUAGCUGGUGCAACUGAAGCUACUCUCAUCACUGGAGUGUCGACAUUUGGGCCAAAGUUUUUAGAGUCUCAGUUUAGUUUGAGCGCAUCGGAAGCUGCUACAUUUUUUGGGUUUCUAGUGGUCCCUGCCGGGGGCGGAGGAACCUUCCUUGGCGGGUUUAUAGUCAAUAAAUUGAAACUUCACUGCUCAGGAGUUAUCCGAUUUUGUAUCCUAUGUACUCUUCUAAGUUUGAUGUCAAUUUUCAUAUUCCUGCUCAGCUGCCCCAAUAUGCCUAUGGCUGGCGUGACUGCACCCUACGCUGAAAGUGUCCUCUGGGAAAAUAGGCUCAACCUGUCUGCUGCAUGUAAUGCCGACUGUGGAUGUGUGGAGGAUCAUUAUAGUCCUGUCUGUGGAACAGAUGGAAUCAUGUACUACUCUGCCUGCUAUGCAGGGUGCUCAGGAACAUACAUGGAACGGGACAAUGGUAGAAAGAUUUACCAAAACUGCAGCUGCGUUGCGUCAAAUAUUUCCUUGUCGGGUGCACAGGCUGUAUCGGGGAAAUGUUCGUCUUCCUGCCAGAAGAUGUCUCUGCUUUUAGUAUUCACUUUCACUAUCAUAUUGUUUACAUUCCUGUGCAGUAUUCCUGCAUUGACCGCAACCCUGAGGUGUGUCUCAGAUAGUCAGCGUUCCUUUGCACUUGGGAUCCAGUGGAUAUUAGUGCGGACAUUAGGUGGAAUCCCUGGACCCAUUGCCUUUGGCUCCAUAAUUGAUAUUUCGUGUCUGCUCUGGCAAAACCAAAAUGGAGAGAGGGGGUCAUGCUACAUGUACCAAAAUUCAGCCAUGAGCAAUUAUAUGCUCAUAGCAGGUCUUGUUUACAAGUUAUUAGGAAUGGUGUUCUUCCUACUCGCUCUCUUUCUUUAUAAACCUCCGCCGGUUUCCCCGGCAAGUAGUGUGGACAAAGCGGCCAAUGGGCAUUCAGUGAAGGUCUCUCAAGGAGAAACUUUGGUGUCUUCAUUGGGCAAUCCAUCAUGAGUGUGGCUCCUACCCACAAGUCUUCUGCAGGCAUCCUCCCCUGCCUUCAUGCAUCAUAUGACAAUCUUCCAGUCAUCAUGGCAGUGCUGUCACAUCUGAUGUUUUUUCUACCGAUAGCAUGAAAGGGCUACUCCAAGCACUGCGAUGACAGCACAGAACAUGGGACAGUACGUGCUUUAUACAGACACGGAUCAGCAAUCUCCUCUUUCAUUGUCUGAGUACUUAAAAUAUGUAAUAUUGCAUAAAAGCACUGAAAAUAUAAUUUAUGUCAAUAUUUUAUUGUAUUUUAUUGAAAUUACAUUUUAAUAUAAAAUGUAAAGUUA